UAAAACCGCAUGCUUUUAUUGAUUGUCAAAUUGUGUUGACGAGAAUUUCAUAGUUCUAGCGGAAAUAAGAAAAAUUGUGUUUAUUUCUUUUAAUUUCCCCAAUAUAUUCAGUUAGUAGCUUCACAAAACAUUUCCAAAAAUGUACCUGAGAUAUUACUUGAACGAGAAUGGGGACCGACAAUAUACACUAGCGACGAUUGAUCCUAGUGGAAAACCGACAUUGUCCGCUCACCCAGCCCGUUUUUCACCAGAAGACAAGUAUUCAAGACAGAGAAUAACAAUCAAGAAACGUUUCGGCCUUCUUUUGACUCAGCAACCUGAACCUAUUCAUUGAUUCUAUAAAAUAUUUAGGUUAAGUUAGUGAUAAUUUAUGGUAUAUAUAAAAUGUAAUAAAA